AUGGAUGCGGCUAAUGCCAUUGGCAACAACACCCGAGAUUUCUGCAGCGUCAGAUACAAAGACUUCAUCCCCCCGGAGGGUGAGCUGUGGUGCGACCCGGUCUGGGACUCGCUGCUCUGCUGGCCGCCGACCAAAGCAUCGACGAUGAUGAGACAGAGAUGCCCCUUCGAGGAUGGAUUCGACACGACCAAAUCCGUGGAGAAGAAGUGCGGUUACAACGGCCGCUGGGAGGGUCAGAAUGGUACCAGCAACGAGGAAACACCUCACGGAUGGGCAAACUACACGACCUGUCUGACACCGGAAAUGCUGCGACUGCAUGGGAAAGUUUACACCAACGCUAUCGAGGGUAAAAUGAAGAUGGACAUAGCCGAGAAGACCCGAAUAUUGGAGUUUGUUGGUCUGAGCAUUUCUCUGGUAGCGCUGCUCGUCUCCCUCGCUAUAUUCUGUCGGUUCAGAUCCCUGAGGAACACCAGGACCAGGAUACACAAGAAUCUCUUCGUUGCCAUGGUCGUCCAGGUUCUUAUACGAUUGAUCGUGUACAUAGACAUAGAAAUCCUGAGAAGGAAGACGUAUGGGAUUCAGAGAGGGAUAGGGAAUACUCCUGUCCUUUGUGAGGCCAGCUACGCUCUCCUCGAGUACGCCAAAACUGCGAUGUUCAUGUGGAUGUUCAUAGAGGGUCUAUUUCUCCACAACAUGGUCACUGUGACGGUGUUCCAAGAGACAUCCUAUUACCGGAUGUACCGUUUCGUCGGCUGGGGAUGUCCAGUCGUGAUGACCCUCGUCUGGGCUGCGAUCACGGCCUUCUAUUACCAUCCAAAGUCAAAAUUUUCCAGAUGCUGGUCCGGGUACAACUUGUCUUCCUAUUUCUGGAUCCUCGAGGGACCCAGGUUCGCGGUGAUAUUGCUCAAUUUUCUGUUCCUGCUACAAAGUCACACCAGCGAAAUCGAACAAGUUCUGAAAGCAGUGAGGGCAGCUGUCGUGCUUCUACCCUUGCUGGGCAUCACUAACGUGUUGUUCAUGAUCGAGGCACCCCUGCACAACGUGAAGAAGUUCGCCCUUUGGUCCUAUUCCACUCACUUUCUGCAAUCCUUUCAGGGCCUCUUCAUUGCGACCCUUUAUUGUUUCCUAAAUGGAGAGGUGAGACUGGCCCUGGACAAAACCAUCUCUGUGUACCUUUCCUUGAGAGGAACCGACCUGCAAGCGAGGAGACAGUCGACCUUCAGCGGCUAUCACCCCCAACGCGUCGCAUCAGUGAUCGAGAUGGAGGAGGUGCAGAUGAGAUCCAGCGGCUGGAUAAGACUGUGCUGUCGAGGUGGAAACACUCCACCGCCGGACCGACCUGCCGAAACAACAGUCUGACGUAGCAUCUCUAAAUCCCUUUGGCGACUUCUUGAGGACAC